AUGAAGUUCACUUCCGCCCUCGCCAUCAUCAGCUUGGCAGCCCCCGCCGCUCUAGCAUCGCCCGCCCUCCGGGGCGACGGCAGCACCAGGGGAUCCUUCGUCGCACGAGACGGCCAGGGCGCGGCUGACCACGCCAAAGCGGAGGCCAUCGUGGAGGCGCUGCAAAAGGAGUACGGCAGCGACGUGUCAGACUGGGAGGACAACAAAUUCCACACCCGCGACAUGGCCCCCGCAACGGUCCAGCCCCGUGGCUUUAUGACUAACUUCGCCUGCGGUGUGAUCUGCACGAACGAUGGGCUCAAGGUCGAUUCGGACGCGUGGAAAGCGUGCGUUCGGAAGUGCGUUGCUGGUAAGGGCUAA